GUUGGGUAUAAAUACAGCCGUCCCAUGGGCUAAAAAAAAGCUGUCUGUGUGAUCAGAUUGCUGCGACGUGAAGACGUGUGCUGAGUAGCCAGCCAACGGAUUGCUGCUCUGUUUUGUCUUGCAGUUGUUGAAGAGGUAAGUUGUAAUACAUUUCAUUGUUUCAGUCUGUUUUGUCUCGCAGUUGUUGAAGAGGUAAGUUGUAAUACAUUUCAUUGUGUCAGUCUGUUUUGUCUUGCAGUUGUUGAAGAGGUAAGUUGUAAUACAUUUCAUUGUGUCAGUCUGUUUUGUCUUGCAGUUGUUGAAGAGGUAAGUUGUAAUACAUUUCAUUGUGUCAGUCUGUUUUGUCUUGCAGUUGUUGAAGAGGUAAGUUGUAAUACAUUUCAUUGUGUCAGUCUGUUUUGUCUUGCAGUUGUUGAAGAGGUAAGUUGUAAUACAUUUCAUUGUGUCAGUCGGUUCUGUCAAAUGGCAUCAACGUAAGAGGAUAUUCAAAUGAAUUGAUAAAACAACUAAAAUCUAAAAGAAUACAUAAGGUAAGGAAGAAAAGAUUGUAUUUUUAUUUAGUGGCCAAUGUUACCACUUAUUAUAUAUAAUAUAUAAGUCUUAUUAUAUUAUAUAUUAUUCUUUAGGCACACUCGAUAGAAUGGGCUAUAGGCAUACUCGAUAGGAACUCUCUAUAGGCAUUCUCUAAUGACAUAAUCUAUAGGUUAUAGGCAUACUCAAUAGGCACUCUCUAUACUCUAUAGCAGGCCUGCACAACUCAAAUUGUAAGGCGGGCCGUAAUACUUUAUGAAAAACUUGUGCGUGCCAAAAAAAUAGGAAAGGACUUUUGCGGGCUAAAAGAAAAUAGGACAGAGGGAAAGCUAUUAAGAAAUUAAUGAAAAUAAAGAAUAUUUCGUUACUUCGCGGGCCACAAAGUAGGUGCUGGCGGGCCGCAUGUUGUGCAGGCCUGCUCUAUAUGCAUUCCUUUAUGACAUAAUCUAUAGGUUAUAGGCAUACUCAAUAGGCACACUCAGUGGGAGCUCUUUAUAUGCAUUAUUGAAUGACUAACUCAAUAGAUAACAGGCAUAAAGUGGAACUCUUUAUAUGCAUUCUCUAAUGACUUAAUCUAUGGACAUACUCAAUAGGAACUCUCUUUAGGCAUUCUCUGUGUGCGCAAUCCCUAUAACAGGGUUUCUCAACCUGGGCCUCUAGCACCCCAAAUGGUGCGAACAGUGGCGUAGCUGGGGUUGGUGUCACCCGGUGCGGUAAAUUCACGGUGACUACCCCCUCCCCCCCCCCCGCCCCCGGCCCUUUUAACUUCAAGAAUGGAUUUCUUCUCGUUAAAAUAAGUCCACAGUAUAACAAGGACAAGAACCAAAAAAAACACAAAAAACUUGAAGGUCAGGAUGUAAACGUAUUUCGCGUAUUAUGUAAGUAACAAUUUUGUUGUCCUUCAGUUGUCUAAGAAGACACCAGCCUGUGCCCAAGGCAUGGAGUGGAUUACGUGGCUCACUGUUCUGCUGGUCCUGGUGGUGGCCGUGGUGCUGUUUGUCCGGAUGAUGUCCGCCAACCACAACACCUUCAAGAAGAUGGGAAUAGACACCCCACCGGGCGCCAACCUGUUCGGACAUUUCGCGCUUGGGGUGGAGCACGGCAUGUUCAAAUGCCAAACCGAGUAUUACAAGAUGUUUAAGGACCACAAGGUGUGUAACGUUUGGUGUCGUUGUGUAACAUUUAACGUCCGUGUGUAUUAGUUGAUGCCAGUGUGUAGCCAUUAAUGCUGAUGUGUAGCAAUUGAUGCUGGUGUGUAGCAAUUAAUGCUGGUAUGUAGCAAUUGAUGCUGGUGUGUAAAAUUUGGUGCCAGUGUGUCACGCGUACGUAAUGAUAAAUAGUUGCCAUCUGCAUUGGGCCUCACGUAAAACAAAAGAAGAAAAUACGAGCAAAUGAUAUUUAAAGGUAAUUUUAAGAAAAUAAUGCAAAAAUAAUGUAACAGUGACACAUUUAACCAAAUAUAUUCCCGUCCAAAGGUGUACGGUUGGUACGACAUCAGGACGCCCGUACUCAUCGUCAAAGACCUGGACAUGGCCAAGGACAUCAUGGUCAAGCAUUUCAAACACUUCACCGACCGGCGGGUGCCCGUCGAGCAUGACGCCCCGUUCAAGGACAAUCUGCUGACCCUGAAAGGCGACAAGUGGAAACGCAUCAGGAGCAUCAUCACCCCGACGUUCAGCUCGGGGAGGCUCAAGAAAAUGGCGCCGCACGUCGAGCGCAACGCCAAACUUCUCCUGGAGAACCUGCGAAGAAAGCAGGAGAGCGGGGAGGAGAUCGAGCUGCGGGACGCGUGCAGCUGCUUCGCCCUGGACGUCAUCGCCAGCAUCGGGUUCGGGCUGGACAUCAACACGCUGGGGGAUCCCAGCAACACGUUUGCCAAGGAGGCGAGGAACUGCACGAACCCCAACAUCCUGCUGCUGGUCUCGCUGCUGUUUUUCCCCGAGCUGAGGAAGGUUCUGAGGGCCGUGGGGCUGGCGGUGUUCCCGAAGAAAUCCAUGGAGUAUUUGGCCAGAGCCGUGGAUGUGGCGAUUGAGGGCAGGCGGCGGGACGGAUCGGCUGGGAAGCUCAACGACUUCCUGGAUCUCGUCAUGAACGCAGAGCAAGAAGACGGAGAAGGCACAAGAGAGCCCCUUACAAGAUCGGAACUCCAUGUAAGUUAGCCUCACUGCGUCUCACAAUUAUUCAAGUGAAAAGUAAAUUUAAUUUUUUCGUGGUAAAUUAAAAAAAAAGAAAUGAAAUUUUAAAAAGCAUUCCAAGUAUAUAUUAUUUACCUUUUCAAAGUUAGUGAAUAAAAUUAGUAAAAUAAUAAUUUCAACACUCUUAUUUCAUAGGGAAUAAAUAAAAAUUUAAAUAUAAAUUAUACAUUAAUAAUGGAUUUAGUUAUAUUCUAAAAAUCAUUUUGGUACUUUGAAGUUAUUAAUUAUAGCUGUUUAGUUUUAGAAUAUUUUUUCUUUGAGUAACAUCCAUUAAACAUGUUAAAUGGUAUAAAAAAUUCGUUCAUCUCACAGUCCCUGUCAAUCAUGCUUAUAUUUGGCGGACUGGAGACCAUCUCAACCGUCAUGUCCUUCACCUUGUUCCUGCUGGCCGUCCACCCCGACUGCUGUCUCAGAGCGCAGAAGGAGAUAGACGAUAAGAUCGGCAAGGAGGCCCCCAGCUACGACAACGUCCAGCAGCUGGACUAUCUCGAGAUGUGCCUCAGCGAGGCCAUGAGGAUGGCUCCCCCGGGGUUCAUCCUGGACAGGCAGUGCGUGGAGGACGUCACCAUUCAAGGGGUCCACAUCCCCAAGGGCAUGCCCGUCCUCGUCCCCAUCUACGCGAUCCACAACGACCCCGAGAUCUGGCCGAGACCGGAGACCUUUGACCCCGAGAGGUUCACGCCGGAAAACAAGGCAUCCCGGCACCCAUACGCGUUUCUGCCGUUCGGACAGGGCCCGCGGAACUGCAUCGGGAUGAGACUCGCUCUGGUGGAGCUGAAGAUCGCCCUUUCCACCGUCUUACAGAAGUUCACCCCCGUGAAGUGCAGCAAAACCGUGUACCCGUUCAACCUGAGCAAGACUCUGCUGAAGGCCAACGAUGGACUCUGGGUGAAGAUAGAAGCGAGAAAAUAAGAUGGCAGCAUUUGGUGGAAAUUAUUAGGUCUCUCCCAGGCGUUGUAUAAUUUAAUUGUUUCAUAGCAGUGGUGACCUUUUUAUGCUCCUAUUUUUUUAUAUUUUUUUAAUCCAUGCUCAUUAAUUUUGUGUAUAUUCACACUGUGGGACUUUGUUGUUUAAUAUGUGUUUGGAAAAUAAUCAAGUUUGGGAAGAACGUGUGCCACAUACAUGCAACAUACAAACGUGAAAUCAAUACGAUUAUGUGUCUCUAACAGACGUACGCACACUUAAAAUCUACAAGGAUUCAAAUGUUCCCAAAUACACAACACUGUACCACCAAGAGGAAGACUUCAUUGACUGUACUACUUAAUUUUAAAAAAAAUGAUCGGAAUUGAAUGAUUGUGCCUGUAUUUAAUUUUUACCAGAUUGAAUGAUUGUCCUGGUAUUUAAUUUUUAUCGGAUUAAAUUAUUGUGCCGGUAGUUGAUUUUUAUGAGAUUGAAUGAUUGUGCCAGUAUUUGAUGUUUUUAGCAUUGAAUAGUUGUGCUUGAAUUUAAUUGUAUAGGAUUGAAUGAUUGUACCUCUGGUUAAUGUUUAUAGGAUUGAAUGAUUGUGCCGGUAUUUAAUGUUUAUAGGAUUGAGUGAUUGUGCAGUUAGUUAAUGUUCCCAGGAGUGUAUGAUUGUGUCGGAGUGCAUUAAAUGUUCAAAGAAUUGAAUGAUUAUGUCCCGCCGUAUUUGAAAUCCACAGAAAUGAACACUUAUGUGUGUGAGGUUUACUUGACAUUCAUAAGAUCGACGAAUGAGACAAUCAUUCAAUCAUGUAUUUCAUUGUUCAGAAUCCUAUUAAAUUAUAAAUUGCUUUUAACGGAUUUGUUGAAACUUAUAUUUUAGCCCCACAGUUCGUUGAUUGGAAAACGUUA